GUGACGGCGACGGGCUAGCGCGUCGAAGCUACCGCUAUGGUUUUUCCCUCUCCUUCUUGAGUCGGGAAAUGGCCGCUGUGUAGUUACAACGGAGAUAAGUCCCGGGAACCGUUCUCUGCCGUGUCAGGAGUUUGAACUUACAGUUAAUUUCCAAGAACAUUUAUACCAGAAUUUUACAAUAUUGAAGACUGCACUUACAUUUGGAUCCUGCAUAAAGUUUAAGGAGAAACGAAAUGGGUCGCUCCAAUUCUAGAUCACAUUCUUCAAGAUCAAAAUCUAGAUCACAGUCUAGUUCUCGGUCAAGAUCAAGAUCACACUCUAGAAAGAAGAGAUACAGUUCUAGGUCUCGUUCCAGGACAUAUUCAAGAUCUCGUAGUAGAGAUCGUAUAUAUUCUAGAGAUUAUCGUCGAGAUUACAGAAAUAAUAGAGGAAUGAGACGACCUUAUGGGUACAGAGGAAGGGGUAGAGGGUAUUACCAAGGAGGAGGAGGUAGAUAUCAUCGUGGUGGUUAUAGACCUGUUUGGAAUAGAAGGCACUCAAGGAGUCCUCGACGAGGUCGUUCACGGUCCAGGAGUCCAAAAAGAAGAUCUGUAUCUUCUCAAAGAUCUCGAAGCAGAUCUCGUCGGUCAUAUAGAUCCUCUAGGUCUCCAAGAUCAUCAUCAUCUCGUUCUUCAUCCCCAUAUAGCAAAUCUCCAGUCUCUAAAAGACGAGGGUCUCAGGAAAAACAAACCAAAAAAGCUGAAGGGGAACCUCAAGAAGAGAGUCCAAUGAAAAGUAAAUCACAGGAGGAACCGAAGGAUACAUUUGAACAUGAUCCAUCUGAAUCUAUUGAUGAGUUUAACAAAUCGGCCACAUCUGGUGAUAUUUGGCCCGGCCUUUCAGCUUAUGAUAAUAGUCCCAGGUCACCUCAUAGUCCUUCACCUAUUCCUACACCACCUAGUCAAAGUUCAUCUUGCUCAGAUGCCCCCAUGCUUAGUACAGUCCACUCUGCAAAAAAUACCCCCUCUCAACAUUCACAUUCCAUUCAGCAUAGUCCUGAAAGAUCUGGGUCUGGUUCUGUUGGAAAUGGAUCUAGUCGAUACAGUCCUUCCCAGAAUAGUCCAAUUCAUCAUAUCCCUUCACGAAGAAGCCCUGCAAAGACAAUCACACCACAGAAUGCUCCAAGAGAUGAGUCUAGAGGACGGUCUUCAUUUUAUCCUGAUGGAGAUCAGGAAACUGCAAAGACUGGAAAGUUCUUAAAAAGGUUCACAGAUGAAGAGUCUAGAGUAUUCCUGCUUGAUAGGGGUAAUACUAGGGAUAAAGAAGCUCCCAAGGAGAAAGGAUCAGAGAAAGGGAGGACAGAGGGAGAGUGGGAAGAUCAGGAAGUCCUAGAUUACUUCAGUGAUAAAGAGUCUGGAAAACAAAAGUUUAAUGAUUCAGAAGGGGAUGACACAGAGGAAACAGAGGAUUAUAGACAGUUUAGGAAAUCAGUCCUUGCAGAUCAGGGUAAAAGUUUUGCUACUGCAUCUCACCGGAAUACUGAGGAGGAAGGACCCAAGUACAAGUCCAAAGUUUCACUGAAAGGCAAUAGAGAAAGUGAUGGAUUUAGAGAAGAAAAAAGUUACAAACUUAAAGAGACUGGAUAUGUAGUGGAAAGGCCUAGCACUACAAAAGAUAAACACAAGGAAGAAGACAAAAGUUCUGAAAGAAUAACAGUAAAAAAAGAAACUCAGUCACCUGAGCAGGUAAAGUCUGAAAAGCUCAAAGACCUCUUUGAUUACAGUCCCCCUCUCCAUAAGAAUCUGGAUGCAAGAGAAAAAUCUACCUUCAGGGAGGAGAGUCCACUUAGGAUCAAAAUGAUAGCCAGUGAUUCUCAUCGUCCUGAAGUCAAACUCAAAAUGGCACCUGUUCCUCUUGAUGAUUCUAACAGACCUGCCUCCUUGACUAAAGACAGGCUACUUGCUAGUACGCUUGUCCAUUCUGUCAAGAAGGAGCAAGAAUUCCGAUCCAUCUUUGACCACAUUAAGUUGCCUCAGGCCAGCAAAAGCACUUCAGAGUCUUUUAUACAGCACAUUGUGUCCUUGGUUCAUCAUGUUAAAGAGCAAUACUUCAAAUCACCUGCAAUGACCCUGAACGAGCGUUUCACUUCAUAUCAGAAAGCCACUGAAGAGCAUAGUGCCCGGCAAAAGAGCCCUGAGAUACACAGGAGAAUUGACAUCUCUCCAAGUGCCCUGAGGAAGCAUACGCGUUUAGCAGGGGAAGAGAGAGUUUUUAAAGAAGAAAAUCAGAAGGGAGAUAAAAAAUUAAGGUGUGAUUCUGCUGAUCUUCGGCAUGACAUUGAUCGUCGUAGAAAAGAAAGAAGUAAAGAACGGGGGGAUUCCAAGGGCUCCAGGGAAUCCAGUGGAUCAAGAAAGCAGGAAAAAACUUCAAAAGAUUACAAGGAAUACAAAUCUUACAAAGACGACAGUAAACAUAAAAGUAGAGAGCAAGAUCAUUCUCGAUCAUCAUCAUCUUCAGCAUCACCUUCAUCUCCCAGUUCUAGAGAAGAAAAGGAGAGUAAGAAGGAAAGAGAAGAAGACUUUAAAACUCACCAUGAACUGAAAGAAUACUCAGGCUUUGCAGGAGUAAGCAGACCACGAGGAACCUUUUUUCGAAUUAGAGGCAGAGGAAGAGCCAGAGGAGUUUUUGCUGGGACAAAUACUGGUCCAAACAACUCAAAUACUACUUUUCAAAAGAGACCGAAGGAAGAGGAAUGGGAUCCAGAAUAUACCCCAAAGAGCAAGAAGUACUUCUUGCAUGAUGAUAGAGAUGAUGGUGUGGAUUAUUGGGCCAAAAGAGGAAGAGGUCGUGGUACUUUUCAACGUGGCAGAGGGCGCUUUAAUUUCAAAAAAUCAGGUAGUAGUCCAAAAUGGACUCAUGACAAAUACCAAGGGGAUGGGAUUGUUGAAGAUGAAGAAGAGACCAUGGAAAAUAAUGAAGAAAAGAAGGACAGACGCAAAGAAGAAAAGGAAUAGUGAUUCUGAAGUAAGAUUGCAACAGAGAGCAGAACUUGCACCCACCAUUUUUUUUAACCUGAUUUUUGUUUUCAUAUAAGAAUGUAAGCAUUUUACUUAAAAUUUACUGUUUGCAAGUAGUCUAGAAAUUUGUUUUAAAGUCUUCAAAUACCUUGAAGAAACAGUAGACUGUAUGUUGAAAAUCGUACUGAUAAAAAGUAGAAAAUUGUUACGUACCAUAUUUGUAACUAUCAACUUUUAAAAAAGAACUUUUACUGUUUUUGUUACAUGCAUUGUAAUUCUGCUUUGUCUAUAUGAUAUGGUCAAGUACAGCUCUGUGAAAGUUCUGAUUCUCUCCUCCCUGUUUGUUACUGUUUUAUUCUGAAGUAAACGUUAGCUCUACACAAAUCCUUGAAGAGAAAUUGUCUGUAGUGACCACACUAAUAAUUUUAACUCCAUAUCCUUAAUCUGAACACUACAUUAUAGGGUGACUGGUGUUUGAAACAUACCAUGAAGUUGUUACUUUGGUCAAACCAGCUUAACAUUUCUGCAAAUAUUAAGGAAAAACAAGCUUUGCCAAUAGCUAUAAAAGUAAAAAUUACCAAGUUGAGAAAAUACUAUUUUUAAUGAAAGCAAGCCGUGGCCUACAAAACAAUCCUUUUUAGGAGUCUUUCACUAUUUGAGUUCAAAAUUGAGUAUUCUCUUUACAUUCUUUUGAUAGCUUGAGUCAUGGUCUUUAGUAUCAGCUGUUUGAGACAGGGAAACUGGUUUGUAGUGAAAUUGAAAACAAAAAUCCUUGUUCCACAGAACCAUGUUAGUAUUCAAAGAACAAAACCUGUACUUCUGGUAUUGGUAUGGAUGAGGUUUAUCCUGCAGAGUAAUUUGAUGUAAUAUAUGAUUUGACAGCUUACUUAUUUGAGCUUCUGAACAGCUGAAGAUUAGUUUGUAGUGUAAUCACAAGAAGUGGCAGACAACAUAACUGUUCACUAGUAUAAUAUUUUAAGUAACAUGUUCUAAUGUCACCAAUAAAAGAUUUUGUCAGGAAAAUUGUAGUAUUGAUUUAACUUGAUUCUCCACUCCCCCUCAUUUCAGUUGUAAUUUGUAAAAUGGCCUUUUUUGUUUUCUAUUGUUCAGGUAGCUAAUCUUAAAUGUCAGUUUUUUUUUAAUGUAAAGGAGUAAAAAUAGUAAACUUCAGUGUUGUUUUGUUUUAAUAUGUAAAGGAAGUCAGAUUCAUUGGAUUCAGCUGGAUGACUUGUAUAUUUUUGCAUUUAAAAAUGCUCACUAUUAAUGUAAGCUUUUAAGGCUCUUUAAUUUUCAGUUUUGAUGGUUUUGCAGUGUGUCUUUCAUCUUGAUUAUAGCCGGGGAUUUUAGCUAGGAGGUAUUAGAAACAAAACUACACCAAAGUUAGCAUACACUUUCUUUGGCUUAAGAUUCUUAGUGUUGUAUUAUUUUUUACAAUUGUUUCUGAAAUUAGUAAAUCAGAAUGAAUAUCCACCAAAGCCAAGUUUGUGUUGCAUUAUUCUGGACAUAAUACUGCAUUUGGAGUGAUACUAAUAUUAAAACAACAUGGAUUUGACCCCUCACACAAUUCUCAUGACCAUUCUAUUUACAAGUAUACAGAUAAACUUAUUUUAAAAGUUACUAAUUGGUUAGACACCGAAUCUAUGCAUGUUUAUAAAUGUGCAGGUUUUGCUUUUGUAUUUAAGACAGAAUGGAAUUUGCUGAGAAAUUAUUUAUAGGAAGUUGGCAAGUUAUAUAAAUACAGUGCUAUAACUUUUAGUUACUUUUAUUAUCUUUAAGUUGAGAAAAGAAUAUCCUACCAGACAUUGUAGAGUAGGGUAAUUAUGAGAAUUCCACAGUAUAAUACCAUUAUGAUUGUUACCUUUUUCAGAGCUAAGCAUAUAAACAAGUAGUGUGUGUUAUUUUUUUAAGCCACAAUUUUAAUUCUACACUGUGACAUGUUUUAAAGCUGAGUUGGUUCCUUUGGUAAGUUACUAGAUUACAAGUGCCAGAAAAUAACUUGGAUAGCUGCAUUAACAUACUUUCUUUUGCCUAGAGCAAAGAAAUAAAAAUGAACCAAAGGAUUUUUCCAGAAAAAAUAAGAUGUUUAAGAAGGCCAUGACUCAAUUCUUGGGUGUGUAUGCUUUUCACCAUCCUAGGAAUUUUAAUAACAAAAAGCAAAAUAAGUUUCCCCCAAUUGCAUUCUACUUCAAGGAAUUGCUGUUGUUCCCUUUUUUGUCACCGUUGAAAUCAUUGUUGGGAAUUAUAAUUUGAGAAAAAAUAUUACCCAGUAAGGAUGAAUGUAGAUGGCUAAACGAUUUUUACUCAAUGUGAUGUAUAAACAGGGACUCUUGUAAAUUGUCAUAUGCCAAUAAAAUGUCAUAAGUGGUAACAGCU